CAUGAAUGUCAUUUGUGACCUAGUUAUAAAGCCGCGCACUAUUUUUCAUCUAUUCAUUCUUCAUUCAUCUGCUCGUCGUUAUUUCGGUGUGUUGUGGUUGAGUAAAGUUCUAGUUGUGGAUCAAUCCUCUCAUCUCCAAAUUCAAACGGUGAACCGACUACAUAUUAGAAAAUAUGAUUCCACAUAUUAAAGACAAGGCCGAUUUGGACUCGAAAAUCGCUGAAGCCGGUGGCAAAUUGGUGGUCCUGGAUUUCAAUGCAGUUUGGUGUGGUCCUUGCAAGAUGAUCGGCCCUAAAUUGGAAGAGCUCGCUCUUGAAAACACCGAUGUUGUUAUCCUCAAGCAAGUUGCAGCUAGCGAACGUCAGUCGGCUACGUACAUAGUGAAUCAAGUGAACGCAGCGAUCGUGCUAUAUCGAGUGUCUCAAAUAAUAGCCUAUUAG